GGUAUUUUUAUUUUUAUUUUUAUUUUUUUGAGGUAUAGGGUUUAGGGUUGAGAGAGAGAGAGAGAGAGAGAGAGAGAGAGAAUGAUAGUCCGAGCAGUCUCUACAUCAAAGCUCAAACGCCUCCUUCAAUUCUCUCACUCAAAAUAUACAUAUACAGAGCCUCCUGUAUCUACUACAUCUCUUCCAUCAUCAAUCUUUGAGCCCCAAACAAAACCAUUUCCCCAAAACCCUACUAAAACCCUAGCUUCACAAUUGUUUCUCAGAUCUUUCUCCUCACAACAACCCAAACAACCAAAACCCACAACUCUACACCUCAACAGAGAUGGAAAUUACGAUGAAUCCACUUCCAAAACUCUCCCAAUUUGCCCUGGUUGUGGUGUCCCAAUGCAGGACACAGACACAAAACAACCUGGGUUCUUCAUCAAACCAUCACCCAAAAACCCUGAUUACAAAUCUCCCAUCAAUCGGAACCCAGUUGCUGAAGAACCGGAGAUAUCGAAUUCCCUGAAAAGGGGCUUUCUCAGAGAGCACGUGGAAUCCGAAAAUGACGAAAACCCCAAUAACCCUAGUUUGUUGCCUGAAAAGCCUGUGGUUUGUGCAAGGUGUCACUCGUUGAGGCAUUACGGGAAGGUGAAGGAUUCCACGGUGGAGAAUUUAUUGCCGGAUUUCGAUUUUGAUCAUACGGUUGGGAGGAAGUUGAAUUCGGUAACUCGGGCGAGGUCGGUGGUUUUGAUGGUGGUGGAUGUGUCGGAUUUUGAUGGGUCGUUCCCGAGGAAAGUCGCGAAUUUGGUUUCGGCUACCAUUGAUGAGAAUUAUAGGGGGUGGAAGGAGGGGAAAUCUGGGAAUGUGCCGCGGGUGGUGUUGGUGGCGACAAAGAUUGAUUUGUUACCGGCUUCAUUGUCUCCAACAAGGUUGGAGCAUUGGGUUCGAACAAGGGCGAGAGAGGGAGGAGCGAAUAAGAUUAUGAGUGUGCAUUUGGUGAGUGCAGUGAGAGAUUGGGGGUUGAAGAAUCUUUGUGAUGAUGUGGUGGGAUUGGCAGGGCCAAGAGGGAAUGUGUGGGCAAUUGGGUCACAGAAUGCAGGGAAGUCUACGUUGAUUAAUUCGAUAGGGAAGCAUAUUGGUGGGAAGGUUACACAUUUGACUGAAGCGCCAGUGCCUGGGACUACAUUGGGAAUUGUCAGGGUUGAGGGGGUACUACCAAGUCAGGCGAAGUUGUUUGAUACGCCAGGACUUUUAAAUCCUCAUCAAAUUUCUACGAGGUUGACGAGGGAAGAGCAGAAACUUGUGCAAAUUAGCAAGGAGUUGAAACCCAGGACAUACAGAAUCAAGGCAGGACAUUCAGUUCAUAUUGGUGGACUCAUGAGGCUAGAUAUAGAGGAAUCAUCUGUAGAUUCCGUUUAUGUCACAGUGUGGGCUUCUCCUUAUCUUCCACUACACAUGGGGAAAACUGAGAAUGUGUACAAAAUGCUGGAAGAUCAUUUUGGCCGUCAAUUGCAGCCACCAAUUGGGGAGAAACGUGUUGAAGAGCUUGGACAAUGGAUUAGAAAAGAAUUUCGUGUCUGUGGUAACAGUUGGGAUUCGAGUUCUGUAGACAUAGCCGCUGCAGGUCUUGGUUGGUUUGCUGUUGGACUUAAAGGAGAGGCUUUGUUAGGAGUUUGGACUUACGAUGGUGUUGAUGUUAUUCUUCGCAAUUCUUUGAUUCCCUACAGAGCAGAGAGUUUCGAAGAAGCUGGAUUUACUGUCUCAAAAAUAGUCUCCACGGCUGAUCAAGCUUCAAAUAAGUUGAAGCGCCAAAGUAGAAAGAAGCCAAAGCAGAGUGAUUUGAAAACAGAAGUGUCUGUUGCACAAUCAUUGUAAAUAAAUAGCAGAUGCUUGGUCAAGUUGUUAUUGAGGCUAAAUGGUGAAGAAUAUGCUAAAAUUGUCAGUGAGAGUGUGCCUAUCAAAAUUAGGAAAGAAGUAAUGGACACAAGCUCAGAAUGAUAUGGUCUGUAAGUCUCUCUUUUGCCGCUCUGGAAGUCCCUUUCCUGCUGGAAGUUUAGUUUUUGGCCAAGUUAUCCAUUUGAACAAGGUGAUAAUGGCUACUUGGGGCUGAAAAGUGUCUUUGCAUAGAUAUGUUGUCUCAAUUUUGCUAGUGGUAGAACUUUUUUUGUUUUUGUUACAUGCAGAAAUUUUCACUACUUUUUGCGAGGUGGAGUGUUAGGGAUCUGGAUCUUUUGUAACAAUUAAUAAAUUAUGUCUCAGUAUUGCCAACGAUAAUACCAGUUUCUACCUCCUAAUCACAAUGGGAUUGGGUAAA